AUGAACAAUAAAAUAAUCAUUAAAACAUCUCAUAAGUUUAUUGCUCCUUAUUUAGGUUUUAUCAAUUCAUUAUCACUUCUUUCUGGAGAUUAUGUUCUUACAAAAAAAAUAAAAUGUCGCAGAUUUUUAAAAAAUAAUGCAUAUGAGUUAAAAAAUACAUUUUACAAAAAAAAAUAUUAUGAAGAUAAAGCUACAAAAUCUGGUUUGGAGAAGGCAUUUUCUCAGCAUAAUAGGUUCAAGAUUUCCAUACUUGUGCCAUAUCGAUCAUAUUCAACUCUUCAGUCAUUUACAAAAGCAAAACAUUCAGAAUCAUGCUUAUCUAAAAACUCGCAUUCUUUAAAAACAUACUUAAAUUUAUGUCCUGUUUUAUAUGUGAAAUGUUAUAGAUCUUCGAGUCAAAAUCAUAAUCGCUAUCUUGCAGAUUUGGAAGAAAAAGCAAAUACAUACAUUGACGAUCCUAAACAACAAUAUGCAUUUUACAAGGCAUUAUUAAAUACUUAUCCUGAAUUCAUAAUAUCACAUUAUGAACGCUCCGGAGCAGCAAGAAAUAAAGAUUGUGAUUUGAUGUAUGCAAAAGCACUAGAAAAUACUGGACAGUUGGAAAAAGCGUUGAUUGUGCGAAGAUAUAUAAACACUGAUCCUCAAGAUGCAUCCUCUUCUAGCAUUGCGCAAAAUUCUAACAAUAUUUUUUCAAAUACUCAAGAAAAAUCAAAAAAUACUUUUAAUAAACACUCUUCAUUUAAUCUUCCAUACAAGUCUAUGUUCCAAUCCUUUUCAGAAGAUAGUAAGAAGAAUCCAAUUUACGUUAUCACAGAGGAAUCACGACAAGCUAAAAUUUUUAAAUGGGCUCGAUUUCUUUUAUCAUUUACUUUUGUUGGAUAUAUAUUUCUUUUAUUGUCUUCAAUAUUUGCAGAGAGUGCAGGUGUACUACGAUCAAUAAGUAAAUCUCAAGAUAUUGAAGCUUCUGGUGAUAAUUUACCGGAUGUGAAAUUUAAUGAUAUUUGCGGAGUUGAUGAAGCAAAAGAAGAGCUUCAAGAAGUGGUUGAUUUUUUAAAAAAUCCACAAAAAUUUACAGCACUAGGAGGGAAACUUCCUAAAGGUGUAUUACUUAUAGGUCCUCCUGGGACAGGGAAAACUAUGCUUGCGAAAGCCGUCGCAAAAGAAGCAGGUGUUUCUUUUUUUUUCAUGGGUGGUAGUGAAUUUGAUGAAAUGUAUGUUGGAAUUGGUGCAAAACGUGUGCGUGAGUUAUUUAAUAUAGCAAAAGAGAAAUCGCCAAGUAUUGUAUUUAUUGAUGAAUUAGAUGCUAUAGGGAGCAAAAGGAAUCCAAAAGAUUCCGCUUAUAUAAAACAAACGCUAAAUCAAUUAUUGGUAGAAUUGGACGGUUUCUCAAAUAAAGAAGGUGUUGUUAUUAUGGCAGCAACAAAUUUUCCGGAAUCUUUAGAUCCCGCACUUACUCGUCCUGGUCGUUUUGAUAAACACGUUGUUGUUCCUUUACCUGAUGUUCGAGGAAGACUUAGUAUUCUUAAACAUCAUACAAAAAAAAUAAAAAUAGCUCAAGAUAUUGACCUUACUAUUUUGGCUAGAGGCACUCCAGGUUUUUCAGGUGCAGAUCUUCAAAAUCUAGUAAAUCAAGCGGCAAUAAGAAGUAGUAAAUCAAAUUCUACAUCAGUUUCAAUGAAAGAUUUUGAAUGGGCUCGGGAUAAAAUUCUUAUGGGAACUGAACGUAAAAGUGCAUUUAUUACAGAAGAAAGUAAAAGAAAUACUGCAUAUCAUGAAGGAGGACAUGCUCUUGUAGCUUUAUAUACUCCAGGCGCAAUGAAAUUGCACAAAGCGACAAUUAUACCUCGUGGAAAUUCUCUUGGUAUGGUUAUGCAAUUACCAGAUAUGGAUAAAGAUAGUGAAUCUAAAAAAGAAUUUUUAGCCAAAAUUGAUGUUGCAAUGGGCGGACGAGUUGCUGAAGAGCUUACACUUGGAAAAGAAAAUAUCACAUCAGGAUCAUUAAGCGAUAUUCAAAAUGCUACUGCUAUAGCAAAAGCAAUGGUGACACAAUAUGGAAUGAGCGAUAAGGUGGGUCCUGUUGCAUAUGAUCAAGAUUUAUCACGUUUGUCAUCUUCUACAAAAGCACUUGUGGAAUCAGAAAUAAAAACACUUUUAGAAGAAGCACAAGCUCGUGCAACAAACAUUCUUAAAACACAUAAAAAGGAAUUAGAUCGGCUUGCUAAAGCUCUUAUUGAAUUUGAAACACUGACUUCUGAAGAAAUAGAAAAAGUUGUUCGUGGUGAAAAAAUUGAUCAUUUAGAGUAA